GCGCGGGUGGUGCAAGGCAGAGGUUGAGUGGUCCUCCGCCCGGAGCCAUUCCGAACAGAACCGCUGGAUCGAUGCUCCCGAGUCGCAACAGAGAAACGAGGAAGAGAGUGAGGGUGAGCAAGAGCCAGAGCUGCUGGGCAAAGUGCCCAUGGCUCCGGAGAUUUUCGAAAAAGAGAUGAGCUCGGCAGCCUUCACCCAUCGGUCUGAUGCCGAAGAGGUGAAGAAGCUGCAGUUCAAGGUUUUCCUCCAGAAAGUUUCCGAGUGCGAAGAGGCGCUCUUGGGACUUCUGCCCGAAGGGCAGUUGGGGCAGCUGGCAAAGGCCCUGCCUUACUUCAAGAAGCUGAGGGUGCUGAGGCUCCGGGACUUUAAGGUGGGCCGAGCAGAGGCUGGGGAGUUCGCGAAGGCGCUGGCAUCGAACCAAACGAUUCGCGAGCUCGAGAUACGUGCCCUGAGACGGUUUGACCUUGGGCUUGGGCAUGCGAUCGCUGAAGCUUUGAAGACCAACUCCACCCUCACCAGCAUCAACCUCGAAGACAACCACAUGGGCGAGGAAGGUGGCAAGGCGAUCUGCGAAGCGCUGAAGACCAAUUCCACGCUCACCAGCAUCAGCCUCAAAGACAACCACAUCUACGAUGAGGGUGCGCAGGCGAUCUGCGAAGCGCUGCGGUGCAACUCCACCCUCACCAGCGUCAACCUCGAAGAAAAUCAGAUCGGCGUGGAGGGUGGCAAGGCGAUUGGCCAAGCAUUGAAGACGAACUCCACCCUCACCAGCAUCGACCUGAAGGACAACGGCAUGGGUGAGGAGGGUGGGAAGGCGAUCGCCGAAGCAUUGAGGAGCAACUCCACACUCACCAGGAUUGAGCUCACUUUCAACGGUAUCGGCAGUGAGGGUGGGAAGGCGAUCUGCGAAGCGCUGAAGACCAACUCCACGCUCACCAGCAUCAACCUCGCAGGCAACUUCAUCAGCGAGCAGGUGCUUGCAAAGAUUCAGAAGAGGUGCCGACUCGCGGCUCCGGAAGCUGCAAAGGCUUGGACGGGGCGAGUGCGCAUAGAGGCCCUCACACAGAAAUUGAAAGUACUCUGCAACCCCAGCGAGUUGAGCUUCGAGUUCGAGUGGUGUCCUCUCGACGUCGCACAGGUAAAGGCGAUCUGCGAAGCGUUAAUGCGCAACUCCACAGUCACCAGCAUCAACCUCACAUGGUGCUCCAUGGGCGAUGAAGGUGCGGAGGCGAUUUGCGUAGCGCUGAAGAGCAACUCCACACUCACCAGCAUCGACCUUCGGCUCAACGACAUGGGCAGUGAGGGCGGGAAGGCGAUUGGAGAAGCGUUGAAGACGAACUCCAAAGUCACCAGCAUCAACCUCGCACGGAACGUCAUCCGCGUGGAGGGUGGGAAGGCGAUUGGCGAAGCGUUGAAGACGAACUCCACGCUCACCAGCAUCGACCUCGAACAGAACAACAUCCGCGAUGAGGGUUGCAAGGCGAUUGGCAAAGCUUUGAAGACCAACUCCACGCUCACCAGCAUCAACCUCGAACAGAACAACAUCCGCGAUGAGGGUUGCAAGGCGAUCGCCGAAGCUUUGAAGACCAACUCCACACUCGCCAGCAUCAACCUUCAACUCUGCGGCAUCGGCCUUGAGGGUGCGGAGGCGCUUGCCGAGGCUCUGAAGAGCAACAAAACUGUUCGCGAAAUUAAGCUCUUCGGAAACGACAUCCCCGAAGAGUGCGAGCAGGCCUGGGCGGUUCGCCGGGCUCGUGAGCGGUUUCCGAAGCCUUGCCCUCCAUAG